CUCAGGAGAGAGAAUGUUCAUACACAGAAAUAUGAAAGUGGAAUGAGAGAGAAAGGCGGAGAGAGGAAAGGGAAAGCAGAAAGGAAAAGAACAGAAAAGCAAAGCGAAGAAAACAGUAGUUAACUGAGGUCUGACAUAGCCCACCACCCCAUUGCCGACCGCCACGCCACCCUCUCUUGGGCCGCGCCGCCUAUUUGCCCACUGUCUACUGGUCCAUUCCCUAUUAUGUUGUCUCUCCCCUAUAGCUAGCUAUUUAUCUCUCACUUAAUUCCUUGUCCCUCUCUUUUCUUAGUCCGUUCUUGGCUGUAUAUCUCGUUUUUCUUGUCAGGCCAGAAAAUCUUUGGCUCUCACAAACACAUUAAAGACUGAAUCAAGGUUGUGGGGUGUGAGUUUCUUUAGCCAUUUAAUUUGUUGUGUAUUGACUUUAUCUGCUACUUCAUGCAAUUCUGAUGACCCUGAAUGAAUCAGGGUCAAGAAACUGGGGGUUCUGUUGGUCCUGUCCUUGCUUUAUGUUUCUUCCUGGAUUCGUGUGUGUGAUAUGGGACUGAACCUAAACACAACUAUUUCUCUAUAAUCAACUGUACUUUCACUGAACCAACAGACAUCCAGUUCUUUUUUUCUUUUUCUUUCCUCUUAAUAUCUUUCUAUCUCUCUCUUCACUCCAGAUUGAGACCUUUCCCUAGUGGACUUUGUCCACGCCCGACACUCGUACAUCUUCUCUUCUUUUACCUCUCUUAAAAGCAGGUCAGUCGCUCCCUCGCUCUUAAUACAUUCACAUCAAUUCUGCGUAUCUAGAUUAGAGUAUAUUUGUAUGUACAUAUCAGUAUGCAUGUGAUUUUCUCUCCUCUUUGUGGAGAUGUAAAUCUGUGGAGAUUUUGUUGGGUUUUAAGGGGAUAUUUUCAUUAUUUAGGUUCUUGAUUACCAUUUGGUUUUUUGCUGAAAAAAGUUAUAUAUUUGAGACUUGGGAAUACUGAAGAGCCAUGGUUUUGUUGAGGUGGGUUGGUAGGUAGAGAUAAGAGGGAAAAAGAAAAAAAAAAGAAAAUAGGCAUGCACACAAGGUAACGAUCGCCGUGGUUUUGUUUGCACAGUGGAGAUUCUCAAGACCCGGAGGCAGACACGUAGAGUUAGCAUACAGCUCUAUAUCUGAAACGCCUCACCUCUCUUAGGCCUCAUCCCAAACCUGCAUGCACCAAACCCCAACACCGAAACCCAAAGCAAACCCAAAAUCUUGAUUCCAUAUCAGAUUAACGGAAAAAGAAUUAAUAAAAUCAGCCAACAGCACCACCAUCAGAAAGAAGGAAUAUAUAGCUAUAGAGAUGCAGCAAGAUAGAGGCGGCGGAGUAAGCGAUCAAGACAUGAAACAGAAUCAACAGCAAGACCGGAGAUUGAAGCCGUUGACGGGUGAGAAUCAACAGCCGCAGCAGCAGCAACAACAACAGCACCCACCUCAAAAGUGUCCUCGUUGUGAGUCUCUCAAUACAAAGUUUUGUUACUACAACAAUUACAGUCUGUCACAGCCGCGUUACUUCUGCAAGAAUUGUAGAAGGUACUGGACUCAGGGUGGAACCCUAAGAAACGUGCCUGUGGGAGGUGGUUGCAGGAAAGGGAAGCGCACAAAGACUUCUUCUUCUGGUGAAAAUUCAAGGUCGCAGCCGCAGAUACCUCAGCAGCAAGCGCAACAACAAAACUUGACAACACCACAAAGUAUGAUCUCUUCUAAUCCAAUGAUCGGCGCAAGUACUGCUUUGAGAACCAAGGAGUCUGGUAGUUUGGCUUCAUCGGCUGCUAUUUCUUCGAUGGGAUCGUAUUAUCCUGGUGGUGGGUUCUUGUCUUCUUUGGCAGCAAUUCAGUCAAUGAACCAACCACAACCUUUUAAUCAACCUCGCAAUCAGGCUCUUAGUAUUGGUGGUGACUUGGGGGGUUCUUCAAAUUUGGGUCUUUUGCAGGGAUACAGUGUCCCUUCUUUUGGGUCACAACAGCAUCAGCCAAUUCAGCAGACCCAAUUCUUUCAUAUGGGAAACAGAGAAAAGACUGGAAAUAUGUACCCAGCUGAUCAAGAGGGCUUAAUUCAGUCUAGCAGGCCAGCUGCAGGCUCUUCUCAGCAGAAUUGGCAUCAAAGUUUCAUCAACAGUAGUAACCCUACAGUCUCGGAAGGGGGUUUGUGGAGUAUCAACAACAACAGCAGCAGCACAAGCACCGCUGGCAACACUAUCCCCAGCAACACCUCGGGUGCUUCAUCUUUGAAUCCAAAUCAAUGGCCUGAUCUUCCAGGCUAUGGUGCUCCUCCAUAGUGUUUUUUCUUCUGACAUUGUUGUAGCUCCCUCCAAAAGAAAAAAAAACGCCUAAAGGUAGAUAGCUUAAUAAAUCUAAAAGGAAUUUUUUUGCCUUUCGUGUACAAAAAGCCAUUGAACCUCACAUUUCUUUCGCUACAUUCGUUGUCUGUUUGGUUAUAUUUGUUUGGUUUGGUUUUAAUCUGGUUCAAAUUGAGGAAAUGAAUAUUUAGGGAGAAUGUUGUAGUGUGGUUGUUCCUGUAAAUGAAAGAAUAGCGGCAAAUACAUAUAGCCAUUUGUUUUUAUGUUAUAGAGAUAUAUUCUCAGUUGGGUUUUGCUUGUUUCUGAACUUUUUGAUAUUGUAAGGGGAGUACAAGUUUCAUGUUUGAGCUUU